AUGGGAGAUUUGGAUCAGGACUCCGGAAUGAGAACCGUCUUGUUGGGCUCUUAUCCGUCGCACGACUGUUCAUGGCAACUCCAUCUUCAUGAAGGAAGAACACCGAAUGGGACAUGGUCACCCAACGAGUCAUGCGAAAAUCGACCAUAUUCUCAUCAGCCGAAGGUGCUGCUUACUGGACGUUUUAGUGGCACAAUCCUUCAGCAGUGGUUCAGACCACCGCCUUCUCAGAGCAGAAGCGCGAUUCGGCCAAAAGCUGGACAAAAAGAUCUCUCACCUUGUUGGAGGAAGGAAGAAGUUGUAUAUAACGGCGUCAGAUUGGAGGAGCUCCUGAUCACUUACGACUGGCCCAUCGAGGACGACCCAGCAAAGCACUACGAUCUGCUUCUUGGAAGACUGAGGGCCUGUAUGAGAGGCCUCAAUGUCUCGAACAAAGAACAUGAAACGAAUUUCGACAAUCACCAAGGAAAUGCUAAAGAGGAGGAGAGCACCGAGACUGAAUCCGACUGCAUCACAUCUCGAGUGAUUGUAGCCAAUACCGGUUGGAGCUGCUUUGCUUGGAAAAAUGGAUAAGG